GCCAACUAGUAGAAAGCAAUGGAAGACGACAGUGCGGAGAGCUCUAGUAUCGUGGUCGGUCUCAUCGAGAAUAGAGCGAAAGAGGUCGGUUUAGCUGCUUUUGAUUUAAGAUCGGCAUCAUUGCAUCUUUCUCAAUAUAUUGAGACUAGCAAUUCGUAUCAAAAUACAAAAACAUUGCUGCAUUUCUAUGAUCCCAUUGUGAUCAUUAUUCCUCCAAACAAGUCAGCACCCAAUUCUACAACUGGAGUAACAGAAUUGGUUGAUAGAUUCUAUAGUACAUUGAAGAAGGUUGUAUUGGCCCGAGGUUGUUUUGAUGACACAAAGGGUGCUAUGUUAAUAAAAAACCUAGCGUCUAAGGAGCCUUCGGCACUUGGCUUGGACACUUAUUACAAGCAGUAUUAUCUCUGUUUGGCUGCAGCUGCUGCCACCAUAAAGUGGACUGAAGCAGAGAAAGGAGUUAUUGUUACCAAUCACUCAUUGUCGGUCACCUUUAAUGGAUCAUUUGAUCACAUGAAUAUUGACACUACCAGCAUCCAAAAUUUGGAAAUUGUUGAGCCAUUUCACUCUGCCCUACUGGGAACUAGCAACAAAAAGAGAAGCCUGUUUCACAUGCUGAGGACAACUAAAACUAUCGGAGGGACUAGGCUUCUCCGUGCUAAUCUGUUGCAGCCUCUAAAAGACAUUCAAACUAUUAAUGCGCGCCUUGAUUGCCUGGAUGAGCUGAUGAGCGACGAACAGCUAUUUUUUGGCCUCUCUCAGGUUUUGCGCAAGUUUCCAAAAGAGACUGACGGACUGGACCAUGCUCUUAAUUCAGAUAGAGUAUUAUGUCACUUCUGCUUUAAGCCAAAGAAAGUUGCAAAUGAAUCCCUGGUAGUUGAUCAUGCUAAGAAGAGUCAAGUGUUAGUAUCAAGCGUUAUUCUCCUUAAGACUGCUUUGGACGCCCUGCCAUUACUAUCUAAGGUGCUAAAGGAUGCCAAAAGUUUUCUUCUGUCAAAUAUCUACAAGUCAGUUUGUGAAAAUGAGAAAUAUGAUCGUAUUAGGAAAAGGAUUGGGGAGGUUAUUGAUGAAGAUGUACUCCAUGCACGGGUUCCUUUUGUUGCCCGAACGCAGCAAUGCUUUGCUGUCAAGGCUGGGAUUGAUGGUCUCUUGGAUAUUUCACGGAGAUCAUUUUGCGACACCAGUGAAGCUAUCCACAAUCUUGCAAACAAGUAUCGUGAAGAUUUCAAGUUGCCCAAUUUAAAACUCGUCUUUAAAAACAGGCAGGGAUUCUACUUUGUGAUCCCGCAAAAAGAUGUUCAAGGAAAGCUUCAUAGCAAGUUCAUUCAGGUCAUAAUACAUGGGAACAACAUACAUUGCUCCACUUUGGAGCUUGCGUCGUUGAAUGCUAGGAAUAAAUCUGCUGCCGCAGAAUGCUUUACAAGAACAGAGGUCUGCCUCGAAGAGCUUAUGGAUGCCAUUCGCGAGAAUGUCUCUGUGUUGACAAUGCUUGCUGAGGUCUUAUGCCUGUUGGAUAUGAUUGUAAAUUCAUUUGCUCAUAUGAUAUCAACCAAGCCUGUUGAUAGUUAUACAAGGCCAGAGUUUACAGAAAAUGGACCAAUGGCAAUUGAUGCUGGUAAACAUCCAAUCCUCGAAAGUAUACACAAUGACUUCGUUGCCAAUAAUAUAUUUCUAUCUGAAGCCUCAAAUAUGGUGAUCGUCACAGGCCCCAAUAUGAGCGGAAAGAGUACUUACCUUCAACAAGUGUGCCUUAUAGUUAUUCUUGCUCAAGUUGGAUGUUAUGUUCCUGCUCGCUUCUCAACUCUGAGGGUUGUUGAUAGGAUGUUCACUAGGAUGGGUGCAAUUGAUAAUCUCGAAUCAAACUCAAGCACGUUCAUGACGGAGAUGAAAGAGACAGCUUUUAUCAUGCAGAAUGUCUUGCAAAGAAGUCUAAUUGUCAUGGAUGAGCUUGGGAGGGCUACUUCUUCCUCUGAUGGUUUUGCAAUUGCAUGGAGCUGCUGCGAGCAUCUUUUGUCACUUAAAGCUUAUACCAUAUUUGCUACUCAUAUGGAAAACCUGUCAGAAUUAGCAACAGUCUAUCCGAACGUGAAAAUUCUUCACUUUCAUGUUGACUUGAAAAACAGCCAUAUAGAUUUCAAGUUCCAACUUAAGGAAGGGCCAAGACAUGUCCCACACUAUGGCCUUCUCUUAGCAGAAAUGGCUGGUUUACCAAGUUCCGUCAUUGAAACUGCCAGAAUGAUCACAUUCAAGAUUACAGAAAAGGAAGUAAAGAGAAUGGAAGUCAACUGCCUCCAGUACCAUCCUAUUCAGAAGGCUUACCUUGCUGCACAACGCUUGCUAUGCCUAAAAUAUUCCAAUCAAGACGACGAUACUAUUCGGCAAGCAUUGCAAAAUCUUAAGGAAUGCUACAUCAAGGACAGGCUCUAGUAUUGACUUC